GCGAGUCCCAUAAGUGCAGUACAAGCUGGUGCGGUGGCGAGCACAAGUAUUGUCCCGCAACCACCAAGAAUUUGCACACAGGCCCGUAGAGCCCCUAGUAUCCUUCCGGAUGUGCUUGCAAAUCCCAAUUGGCAGCCCACAAAUUCUGCAACACCCGUAUUUCCCCCAUUCACUGCCCAACCCGGAAUUCAGGUGGAAACAGCAAGUUUAACUACUCCCCUUGAUAUUUUGGAGCUGUUUUUCACAGAAGAUCUGUACGCAUUGAUUGUGGAUCAAAGCAAUUUAUAUGCACAACAAUUUAUUGCCGUCAACCCUAAUUCAAACCUUGCCAGACCAUUUAUAUGGAAACCCAUUACGGUUUCUGAAUUUACAUUUUUUUGGGGCCUAAGCCUCAAUAUGGGUGUUACUAAAAAAAUGAAUUGCGGUUGUAUUAGUCGAUGAAUUGGGUUGAUUCAUCAUAUGUCGUGUUCUGUGCUGCAAUGGCCAGGCAUAUGAGAGUAUAA